GGCGGCGGCGGUGCACCGCUGCGCAGGUCCAGACCGACACCCGCGCGGAGGACAGAGGUCCCUCCCGAGAUGUCCCUGCGCAGGGUGGUGGACGGCGACGGAGAUCCGCGAGAGGUUGAGUGCGAGCUGCUGGACCCCGACCACGCAGACAGCCACUUCACGGAGAGACCGGCGCCAGCGUCAUCCUGCUGGCGCGGCUGCCCCCCGGCGAGAGCCAUCCCGGGUGUGGGCGGAACGGGAGGCGGGACCGAGCUGGGGGCGCGGCAAGGCAAGGGCGAUGAUCUGCUCGGACCGCCCCUUGCUGGUAUCCAACCUCACGGGCGGCACAGCAUCAGGGUGGUCGUGAACACGGCACGGAGAUUGCGAAGGAGACGCCCCUGGCGCGCCGUGGACGAGCGAGCUUCAGCGGCCGCGGGCCGCCACGCCGGCGCCGGCGCCGCGAUCUUCUUCGUGCAGGGCGCCGGCGCCCUCGCCGAGCCCACGUGCGCUCCGCACCGCGGGCAUGACGCCGGUAGCAUUAAGUCGGGCGCGUCCCUCUAUCGGGUAUGGCCAGGACCCCGGGUAAGGGGACCCGGUUGGUGGUAGGGCCUUGGGGCC